AUUCCAUAUAUCAACAAUGUGUUGCAAAUGCCCACCUUUACCAAUCCCGACGGGAAAUAUUUUGGCGACAUAUUUGCUGAUAACUAUUACUUUUGGAGUGUAUAUAAAGUUGUCUGAAUCUGUUUAUGUAGUUGGACCUGCUCAAAUCCAGAUAAACACAAUUGAUCGCUGCCCACAAGAUACACUCCCCAGUGGAAUAGAUAUGCAACUUAAGUUUGAUGAACAAGGCAAAAGUGUAAGUGGAAAUGUGACUCUUAAUUCCGAUUUUGAUGCAAAAGUUAAAAUUAAUUUAAGAGAGAUAUCAAACCAUCCAACAAUAACCUAUCUCAACCAAAAGGGCUUCUGCAAGCUAGCUGAUGAUUUUCUCGACGACCAUGCUUACCAAAAAUUGUUUUCCGAUGAAGACGCAGAAAUAGAGAGUAUCUGUCCAAUUUCAAAAGGCGACUAUGUUAUUAACGAACUUCGAACUGAUUUUGCAGUGUGGAGAAUACAUACUGAGAUGUUGGGAUACAAGAAGUAUCAGCUGGAGCUUGUAAGAGAAGGUCAACUGCUGCUGUGUCUGAAACUGGGGAUCAAGGUUACUCUUAAAAGUUUGACCGAAUAUGACGAGUACAGAAAUCUAUAUAAAGAAUAACAGACGUAUAUGAAGCUAAAUGUGAAAAAUGUGAAAUUAGAAUAAAGUUUACUAUUUUUGCUAUAUCAAAAUAAAGUUGUUCUGAGUUGUUUA